AUAUCGGUCUAUUGCAUAUAUUCUAUAAACAAAAUAUGAAACACUGGAAAGUUUACUCACUAUUGUGAUGCGAUUACUUCUUAAUUAAUAUAGACAUGGGAAAGAAUGUUGAUAAUGUUAGAAGACAACAUUAUUCGCAGUACGAUUUUUGUGAUCGUAAAUCCGACAGUCGCAUAUUUAUUUAGUCCUUUUGGUGGCCUAAUUAUAAACUAAAUGAGAUAUACUUUGAAUUACGGAACAACAUAAUAAUAGCUAAAUUAUAUAUCAUUUUAUAACACACACAUUAUGCGGUCAAACGCUCUUUACGUGAAAACCAGUUCGAGAAAGUUUCGAAAACGUGAAUUCAAAUUAACGCUGAAGCGUUUGAAAAACUAGUCGCUUUGACAAACUUCCGUUGUUGAGUAAAGAAUCCAGCAAAUCUGACUAAUUAUCAUAACAAUAUCUACAAGGAACAACAUCUGACGUCUCAUUAUUUAAAUAUAUUUCAACAAGAAAAAUUAUUUACCUGGAAUGUGACUGCGUGCUGCUUAGGGUAUAGAAUUUCGUAUUAUAAGCAACAAAUUCGCAUAUACUAUAAUUUAAUAAAAUCGUCACUAAUGAUGUUUAAAUUUAUGAAAUUUAUGAAAUUAAGGAACACAUAAAAAAAAUAUAUCAUCUUCGAUUCAAACUUUUACCCUAUGGAUAGAGCGUAUCAAUUCGAUUUGCGAGGGCAAAAAAAAUAUCAGAAUAAAACCAGCUUCAACCAAUUAAAAAAUUUUAAAUUCAAAUUAGCAAUGAAACGUAUACAAAGAUAUAAUAUAAUUUCCAGUUAAUUCGCGUUUUAUAAUUUAAAUAGCUGCUUAAAUAUAUAAAACACAAAAUCUUCAGUUCCAGUAUUGAACUAGCUUUUAUUAUGAAAGGUUCUUUUUGUCGUUGGCAGUUGCUUGUCGCUGCUAUAUCACUGACGUUGAUAAGCAUAAGUGAAUGUAAUAGUUACCGCCUCAGUAGAAGUGUAUUGCCAUCUUUCUACAAUUUAACCAUUAAUGUCAAAGAAGAAGGACAUGAAAGAUUUGGUUAUAAAUUUUACGGCGAAGUUGCAAUAACUUUACAAACUAAUCAAAGUGAUAUUUAUGAAAUAACCCUUCACAAGGACUACCUUUACAUGUCAAGCUGUGUAGUUUAUAAUAAGGAUGGUGCUGUGCACCAAAAUGUUACAAUAGAUUCACUAAAAUCUAAUCGGACAACACAACAGUUUACAGUGCCUCUGGUAGAGCCAUUGACUCCCAAUGAGAACUAUACUCUAUAUUUCAAAUACACUGGAUAUUUUGGCAAUCAUGACACAGGUCUGUUUUCAUCAUCAUACGAAACCAACGAAGACGAGUAUCACACAGUUUACUUAACACAACUGAAGGGUCAGUAUGCGCGAUCUGUGUUUCCUUGUUUCGAUGAACCUACAUUUAAGGCAAAGUUUCAACUUCAUCUUGGUCGACUAAGUAAGUAUAAUGCCGUCAGUAACACCAGAUUGAUAAGAACAACAAAAGAAGAAAAUGACAGUUAUGUGGAUCAUUUUGAUAUCACGCCAAUUAUGUCUACAUAUCUAUUGGCCUUUGUAAUAUCCGAGUACCAAGCUCGAGGCAAUCUCAGUGAAUUUGCUAUUUUAUCUGCGCCUGAGAAUUAUAAUUACACAGAGUUCAGUUACAAUGUUGGUGAACGCGUGAUAGCUGCUUACAACGAAUUGUUCCAGAUGCCUUAUAAACAACUAGGAAAUGAAGUCCUGCUCUUUGCAACUAAGCAUUGGACCCUCAACAAUAACAACAUGGAGAAUUGGGGCCUUAUAAUAUUUAAAGAAGAUAUGCUGAUCCAUAGGCCUGGUUACACUGACGGUCUCAGCCACAAAGAGCUCACUAUUCGAAUGAUUGCACAUGAAAUAGCUCAUAUGUGGUUUGGAAAUAGUGUUACCUUAUCCUGGUGGAGUCAUUUCUGGUUAAAUGAAGGCUUUGCUCGAUUUUACGAGAUCUUUAUGACCGAUCAGAUCUACAACUAUAAAUAUCACGUGGAAGAACAGUUUGUUGUAGAUAAUCUUCAGAGAAUCCUUGAAAAGGAUGCAGUGGCUACUUCUUUGCCCUUAACUAGUCCCGAGAUCGCCAUACAAUUUUCUUAUAAAAUCGACAACGAGACCAACUUCUUCCCAUAUGACAAGGGUGCUAGCAUCAUUCGAAUGUGGCGAAAUUUAAUGGGAAGCGACAACUUUAACAAAUCUAUCAACAGUUACCUGAAGCAAUAUCAUUUAAAAAACACAAAUCCCAGCGAUUUGUUCGCUCAUCUCAAGCAAAACUGGCCAGCUCAGCCUGAAGUUGAUUUGGAUACAUUCUUUUCAGACUUCACGGAGCAGGUGGGCUACCCAAUGCUCAUUGUGAACAUCACCCAGGAUAACCAAAAAAUAGUUCUACACCAAAAACGUUUUCUAUACGAUUAUGAAGACGGUAGUGAUGCUACUUUACGUUACACCAUUCCAAUUGCCUUCACAACGAAUCUGGAUCAAAGCUAUUAUAAUCUGACACCUUACACGUACUUCAAUAAGAAUGAUACUACAGUUGAAAUUUCUUUUGAAAAUCCCAUUGAAUGGAUUAUCAUAAACCAAAAGCAAUCCAACUACUAUCGAGUUUUUUACGAUCAACCAAUUCUCACCCAAAUUAAACAAUUAUUUUCCACAUCUAGAAGCCGACGUAUCCCAGCUACGACUAAGGCACAAAUCAUUGAUGAUCUCUUUAACUUUGCAUACGCUGGAAUGAUCGAUUAUGCAGAUGUCUUCGAAUACUUAGAAUAUUUGAGAUACGAAUUCAAUUAUGUUCCCUGGAACGCAGCCUACCACGGUAUGGAGAGAGUAGUUCAGCGAUUAACCCCACAACAGCUGCCUUAUUUUGAGAAAUACCUUACAAAUAUUACAACUGGGAUUUUUAAUGAACUAUCAGCAAAAUCAAGCAGCUCUGAUAGCGUGAUGGAUGUCUAUAAUCGAGUCUUGCAUGUAUCAUGGCUGUGUAAAUACCAGAAUACCAAUUGUAAUAAGCAAGUGGAACUUCUUUUUCUGGGAAAUCUUGAAAAGCCAUCCCCCGACUAUCGUGAGAUAUUUUAUUGUGCAGUUUCACGAACGGAUGCUCAUGCCCGCCUAUGGGAUUUAUAUCAUAAUGAGACCGAUUCUGAUCAGAAGAAUCUUCUUUCGCGGGCUAUAAGCUGUUCAAGGGACUAUACAAUAUAUUUCAAACUCGAAUUAUUCCAUUUAUUACGUCAUUCCGAACAGUUCAUCGGUUUGAUAACGAUCUAUCAACAAAAUCCUGAUUUAAUUGAUCCCAUAUUUUCUAUGAUAAGAGAGAACAUUGGGGAACUUGUCGACAGAUUGGGCCAGUAUGAGAUGUUCAAAAUCUUGAGUGAUAUGGUUGAUAAUUUUACAACGCGGGAGCAAGAAAAACAGUUUACAAUCUUUAUAGACAAAAACAUUAAAAGAUUUGAUAAAUGGGCACAUACCGACAUACAGUUAUUCCCGACAACAAUUCGAAAGAAUCUGGAAUGGGCAGAACAGCGAUUGGGCAAGCUAGUGAACUAUCUAGUAAAGAGGAAUGAGGCAGUUAAUUUAAAUAGCUGCGUAUAUCUAACAAAACACAAAAUCUUUAGAAUCAGUAUUGAGCAAGCUUUAAAUAUGAAAGGUUCGAUUCUUCGUUUGCAGCUCCUCAUAGCUGCUAUAUUAGUGACUCUGAUAGCCAGAAACGAAAGUGAUGGCUACCGUCUUAGAAGAAGUGUAUUGCCAUCUUUCUACAACUUAACCAUUAACAUACAAGCAUCAAGGAAUGGAGGAUUGGGCUACUCAUUUAUCGGCGAAGUCGCGAUUACUUUACAAACUAAUCAAAGUGACAUUUACGAAAUAACACUUCAUAAGGACUCUCUUGACAUAUCGAGCUGUUUAGUUUAUAAUAAGGAUGGCAUCUUGUACCAAAAUGUUACAAUUACUUCACUCAAGUAUGACCAGGAGACACAUCUGCUAACAGUGCCUCUGUUGGAGGCAUUGACUGCCAAUGAGAACUAUACUUUAUUUUUUAAAUACACUGGCUAUGUAAAAAGCAGAGGGCAAGGUGUAUUAUCUGAAUUCUACAAAACCGACAAGUAUCACAGCAUUUAUAUAACACAAUUGGAGCCCGUAUAUGCCCGCUUAGUAUUUCCUUGUUUCGAUGAACCUGCAUUUAAAGCAAAGUUUCAACUUCGCCUUGGUCGGCCAAGUGAAUAUAAUGCCGUCAGUAACACCAGAUUGAUAGGAACAACAAAAGAAGGAAAUAACAGUUAUGUGGAUCAUUUUGAUGUCACACCAAUUAUGUCUACAUAUCAAUUGGCUUUUGUAAUAUCCGAGUACCAAGCUCGAGGCAAUCGCAGUGAAUUUGCCAUAUUAUCUGCGCCUGAGAAUUAUAAUUACACAGAGUUCAGUUUCAUUGUUGCAGAACGCGUGAUAGAUGCCUAUAAUAAAGUAUUUGAAAUGCCCUAUAAGAAUCUGGGAAAUGAGGUUCUGCUAUUUGCGACUUCAGGUUGGUUCGAUGAUAAUGCCAUGGAUAAUUGGGGUCUUAUUAUUUUAAGUGAAAAAAUUCUCGUCCAGAAGCCUGGCUACACUGACGGCCACACGAACAAAGAGAUCACAUGUCGGAAUAUUGCACAUGAAAUUGCUCACAUGUGGUUUGGAAACAGUGUUACUUUAUCUUGGUGGAACUAUUAUUGGGUUAACGAAGGCUUUGUUCGCUUUUACGAGAUCUUUCUAACUCAUCAGCUCUACCGCAAUUAUCACUUGGAUCAACAGUUUGUUGUAGAUAAUCUUCAAAGAAUCCUUGAAAAAGAUGCGGUAGCUGAUUCCUUGCCCCUAACCAGUCCCGAGAUGAGCGUACAAUCUCCCGCUGAAAUCAACAACCAGUCUAACGCCUUCACGCAGGAUAAGGGGGCCAGCAUAAUUAGAAUGUGGCGUAAUUUAAUGGGUGGCGAGAAUUUCAGGGAAUCCAUCAGAAGUUACCUGAAACAAUAUCAUUUGCAGAAUACAAGUCCAACCGAUCUGUUCGCUCAUCUAAAGCAAAACUGGCCAGCUCAGCCUGAAGUUGAUUUGGAUACGUUCUUUUUAGACUUCACGGAGCAGGUGGGCUACCCAAUGGUCAUUGUGAACAUCACCCAGGAUAACCAAAAAAUAAUCCUACACCAAAAACGUUUUCUAUAUAAUUAUGAAGACGGUAGUGAUGCCACUUUACGUUACACUAUUCCAAUUACCUUCGCAACGAAUUUGGAUCGCACAUAUAAUAAUCUGACACCUUACACGUACUUCGAUAAGAAUAAGUCUACGAUUGAGAUCUCUUUUAAAGAACCCAUUGAAUGGAUUAUCUUAAACCAAAAGCAAUCCAACUACUAUCGAGUUUUCUACGAUAAGCCCAUUCUCACCCAAAUUAAACAAUUAUUCUCUACAAUUAAAGGUCACCGCAUCCCAGUAGAGAAUAAGGCGCAGAUAAUUGAUGAUCUAUUUCACUUUGCGAAAGCUGGAAUGAUCGAUUAUGCUGAAGUCUUUGAGUUUAUGGAAUAUUUAAGUACAGAAAUCGAGCAUAUUCCCUGGCGCACAGCUUACGUUGGUAUGGAGCAAGUAGUUCGGCGAUUAACCCCUCAACAACUACCCCAUUUUGAAAAAUAUCUUAGAAAUAUUUCAUAUGUGGCUUUUAAUGAAGUUACUGCCAAAUCAAGUAGCUCUGAUAGCGUGUUCGAUGUGUAUAAUAGAAACUUGUUCGUGUCGUGGCUAUGUAAAUACCAGAAUGUCAAUUGUAUUAAUCAAGUGAAUGUUCUUUUUGAGGGGAGUCUUGAGAAGCCAUCCCCAGAUUAUCGGGAGACAUUUUACUGCGCAGUUUCACGGACUUCGGCUCAUGCUCACCUCUGGAAUUUAUAUAAUAUUGAGACAAAUUCCGACGAGAAAGAUCUUAUUUCGCGAGCUAUUAGCUGUUCAAGGGACUAUACGACAUAUCUUAAAGUGGAGGUAUUUCUUUUUGAAAAUGAUGACCAACAGGGAAUCGGUGUGAUUCAGAUGUAUCAACAAAAUCCGGAUUUAAUCACUCCCAUACUUUUGAUGAUAAGAGAGAACAUCUGGAAAUUUAUUGACAGAAUAGGCACAUUUCCGAUGUUCAUUGUUCUAAAGGACAUGGUUGAAUAUUUUACAACGCGGGAACAGGAAGAACUAUUUUCUGAUUUUGUUGAAAACAAAUCUCACUUAUUUGAUAAUAAAAGUGCAGAAACACUAAAAUCCGCUUUGACCACGAUACGUAAGAAUAUCGAAUGGGCAGAGCAGAGAUUGGGAAAGUUAGACAAAUAUCUGGCAAAAUGGAAUUAGGCACAAUGACAACUUUAAUUUCGAAAAAAUGUUAAAAUAUUUACGAUGCUGAAAAUCUUUAGGCCUUAAUAAAGGAUGUUAGGCCAUAUCCUUUGUAUUGAAAUUUACAACAGAAUAUAAUGUAUAGAUUUGUAGUAUUGAACUGUAAAUUUUUAUGGAAAAUAAGAAAUACACCAGAUUUUCAGCCAAAACUCCAUUGCAG